AUGGCGCUAUCUGUGUCGACCUUGGAUAGGCUGUCCUCGCUGGAGAGGUUCGUUGAGGAAUGGCCUGGACCCCUUGGCAUUCUGUUGUACGUCAGUGAACAUGAUGCCUACCAUAACCUAGAUUUCAUAAUAAGGUCAUCUGCCAUUUUGAGCCGGAAAGAUAUUGUUAGGAGGUUGGAUGUCCAUUUGGUCUAUAAAAGAGACGGUCACAACCCGAUCAACUACAUGAGGAAUGUGCUGCUCAACAACAGUUUCGCCGAUUACAACUUCUAUAUCGAUAUCGAUUUGAUACCAAACAAAGGAGCAUACCGAAGUCUUCAGAACAUGAUCAAAUCGAAUGGAAAUUCGAUAUUCUUGCUACCUGCUUUCAAGUCUGAAAUAUAUUUGGAUGAAAAAUUGUUCCCAAAGAAUAAAGGCGAACUUCUCAAAUUAAUCGAAAAAGGUUCAGUUAACGGAAUUGGCGUUAAAUCUGGCUGGAAACUAGGACAUCAGCCUACAAAUUACAGUAGAUGGCUUACUGCGACUGAACCGUAUCGAGCAGUAUUCAAAGACGCGUUCGAACCGUACGUGGUGGCACCGAAAUGGUUGUGGGCCCGUUUCAACGAGGACUUAAUGGAAAGAAUGGGCGAUAAGAUCGCAUACGCCCGCCUACUCCACGGUCUCGGGUUUGAAUUCUGGGUGGCCCCAAAUGACUUCAUCAUCCACCUACCUCAUAUUUUAAGUGCCGGAACGAAAAAGUAUUGGCUUUAUCCAGACAUUUACAGGUUUGUUUCUGUGUGCUGA